AUGAGACUCUUUCUCUUACUUGUUUUCAGUGCUCUCAUAUUGCUUGAAGCAUAUCGAUUCACAGAUGAAAGUGAUAAGAAAGCUUUGUUGGAGUUCAAGUCUCAAGUUUCUGGAGCAAAAAGAGUUGUUUUGUCCUCAUGGAAUAGCUCAUUCCCUCUCUGCAGUUGGACUGGGGUUACAUGUGGCCGAAAACACAAACGAGUUACUGGAUUGUACCUUGGAGGAUUGCAAUUGGGCGGGGUGAUAUCGCCAUCUAUUGGUAAUCUUUCGUUUCUCAUAACACUGAAUCUCUCAGAUAACUCUUUUGGUGGAACCAUCCCUCAGGAAGUGGGGAACUUGUUUAGACUUCGACAGUUGUUCCUGUCAUAUAAUUUUCUACAAGGAGUGCCAGCCAGUCUGUUUAACUGCUCUCGACUGUUGAUGCUUGACAUUUUCUCGAAUCAUCUUGGACAAGGUAUCCCUUCAGAACUAGGAUCAUUGACGAGGCUUGUUCUUCUAGAUCUUGGUCGAAACAAGCUGAGAGGAAAGCUCCCUGCAUCUCUAGGAAACUUGACUUCCCUUAGAGAACUAAGCUUUGCGGAAAACAAUAUAGAAGGAGGAGUCCCUGAUGACUUAGCUAGAUUAACUCAGUUGGUAUUUUUUCAAUUGACAUCCAACAAUUUCUCAGGUGCUUUUCCUCUUGUGUUUUACAACAUGUCCUCACUUGAGAAGCUAUUCAUCAUCGGUAAUGGUUUCUCUGGGAGCCUGAGGCCUGAUUUAGGUAAUCUGCUACCAAAACUUCAAGGGUUGCAUAUGGGAAACAAUGAUCUCACAGGAGCCAUCCCAAUAACGCUUCAUAAUAUCUCAACUCUUCAAUCACUGGCAAUGGAGAGUAAUAGUCUUACUGGAGGUAUUCUUCUGAGCUUUGGAAAAUUGCAGAAUUUGCGGAGCCUAUCACUUUUCAGUAAUUCUUUGGGAAGCCGGUCUAAUGGAGAUCUUGACUUUCUUGGUGCUUUAACUAAUUGCACCCAACUGAAAAGCGUCAGUGUUGCUAACAAUACACUAGGGGGUGACUUGCCUACCUCCAUUUCCAACCUGUCAAAAAAUCUUAUUGAGCUAACCCUUGAAAUGAAUUUCAUCUCUGGAAGCAUUCCUAGUGACAUUGGGAAUCUCAUAAGCUUGCAGUUUUUUCAGGUGGGGAACAAUCUAUUGACAGGUACACUCCCUUACUCACUUGGAAAACUUUCAGGAUUGGGGGUAUUAAGUGUCUAUUCAAAUAGAUUAUCAGGAGCGAUACCAUCUUUUAUAGGCAACAUCUCUCGGUUAGUAAAACUUUAUUUAUACAACAACAGUUUUGAAGGAAUCAUUCCUCCAAGUCUUGGUAACUAUAGCUACUUGCUACAUUUAAAUAUGGCGUAUAAUAAGUUGACAGGAACUAUACCACAUGAGAUUAUGCAAAUUUCACCCCUUGUUUUGCUAAGAAUGUCGAAUAAUUACUUAACUGGCUCUCUACCUCAAGAUGUUGGACGACUUACAAGUCUUGUUAUACUAUCUGUUGCGCACAAUAAGCUAUCAGGCCACAUCCCAGAGACUAUGGCGAAGUGUCUCUCGGUGGAAGAGCUUUAUCUGCAAGGAAAUUCAUUUGAUGGAUCCAUUCCAGACAUAAGUGGGUUGGUGGGUGUCAGAGAGGUUGAUUUCUCAAAUAAUAAUCUAUCAGGAAGCAUGCCUGGAUAUCUUGCAAACAUGAAUUCGUUAGAGAAUCUCAAUCUAUCCAUUAACAAUUUCAAAGGAGAAAUGCCAAGGAUAGGAAAGUUUAAGAAUGCUACUAUUGUUUCAGUAUUUGGAAACAUAAACCUAUGUGGGGGAGUCUUGGAAAUGAAACUAAAUCCAUGCUUUCAACAAGUACGGGGGACACAACAUUUCUCUCUUUCAAAGAAAGUUGUUACUGGAGUAAGCAUAGGCGUCUUGUUGCUUUUGUUGUUGUUCAUAGCUUCAGUUUCUCUUUGCUGGUUCAAGAUCAGAAAGAAGAACAUGGCUAAUGAAGCAACUCCUUCCACCUUGGGGACUUUUCAUGAACAGAUAAGCUAUAGAGAUCUUCGAAAUGCAACAGAUGGUUUCUCUUCAAGUAAUUUGAUUGGGUCAGGCAUCUUUGGUACUGUCUUUAAAGCAUUGCUCCCAGCAGAGAACAAGGUUGUUGCAGUGAAAGUUUUAAACUUACAACGGCGUGGAGCAAUGAAGAGCUUUAUGGCAGAAUGUGAAUCUUUGAAAGACGUAAGGCAUCGUAAUCUUGUGAAACUGUUGACGGCUUGUUCCAGUAUUGAUUUUCAAGGAAAUCAGUUCAGAGCUCUAAUCUAUGAGUUCAUGACAAAUGGAAGCUUAGAUAUGUGGUUGCAUCCAGAGGAAGUGGAAGAGAUUCGAAGGCCCUCAAGAACCUUGACACUUCUUGAAAGACUUGGCAUAGCAAUAGAUGUGGCUUCUGUUUUGGAUUAUCUUCAUGUUCAUUGCCAUGAAGCUAUAGCUCACUGUGAUAUUAAGCCAAGCAAUGUCCUUCUAGACGACGAUCUAACUGCCCAUGUUAGCGACUUUGGUCUAGCUCGGAUCCUCCUCAAAUUUGACCAGGAAUAUUUUCUCAAUCAACUUAGCUCGGCUGGAGUCAGAGGAACCAUUGGCUAUGCAGCCCCAGAAUAUGGAAUGGGAGGGCAGAUAUCAACACAUGGUGAUGUCUAUAGCUUUGGGAUUCUCCUUAUAGAAAUGUUCAGUGGGAAACGACCAACCAAUGAGUUGUUUGGAGGAAACUUUACCCUUUGUAGCUACAUCAAAUCUGCAUUGCCAGAGCAAGUGUUGGAUGUUGCGGACGAAGUGAUUCUUCACAACGGCCUUAGAAUUGGCUUUCCGAUUGCUGAAUGCUUAACACUUGUUUUCGAGUUGGGACUUAGGUGUUGUGAUGAAUCACCUGCGAACCGGUUGGCUAUGAGUGAGGCUGGAAAAGAAUUAAUCUCAAUCAGAGAGAGGUUUUUUAGAUCCAGAAGAAGAGCUAGGCAUUGAGGUGUUUGUGCUUUACUCUUUACAAACUUGAAGACUUAU